AUGGAGGGGGAAGAAGACAGCUCACGGGCUAUUCCUGGGGCUUCACUUGGAGGCCUCCCGACACCGGCCUCCAGGGCCAGUUUUCGCUUGGGGAGCGUCUUCAAUGGGCAGGAAAUUGGGUGGGACGAUGCAAUUGCGACGAGGAGGCGUGAAGAGGUGCGGGAAUGGGAGUCUCUAGGACCUGGCCCGGUGACGGAGGAGCAAGGAACACGGGGAAAGGAGAAGGACCCGGAUUGGAGGCCGGCUCCGGGGGAGGCGGCCGGCACGAGUGGAGGAUCGGGUGAUGAGGGUUGGGGAGGGAGAGGAGCGGGCCAGGCUGGUGGCAGUGGCGCGCGUGGCAGCGGUGCAGCAGCAAAGAGGCCACGCCCGAGUGGGCCUGUGGGGUCGGGAGCUGGAGGGGCCGGGCCGGCGUCGAAUUCGCAGCCGCAGGGGGCAGCCGCGGGUGGUUCUGAGGGGUCGGGCGCAGCAGGGGCAGGUACCUCCGCCGCUGCGGCAGGUGGUGCACCUUUGGGUGGGUCUACGGGGGCUGGAGCUGCUGCUGUGAUUGCAAGCCAGAGGUCCGACAGGGCGGGCAGGACCCCUACCGACGAGGAGCUGGACCCAUGGACUGAGGAGGUGCUUAGGAAUGCAGAACCCGGCCUGGUUCGUGGCAUGUUCAGUGAGAAGGAUGUGAACGAGGCUAGGAAUUGCAAGAUUUGCAAGAAGAAGAUUAGCUGGAAAGGUAGUUGCACGAGCACGGGGAAGAGACACCUUAAGAGGAGCCACUACCCCAGUCUGCAGAUCUGGUGUCGGCGUUUCAAGGAUCCAAACAAGCCAGACAACCUGACGUUUCCCGAUGGGGGAUGGGGUCCGGAUGUCCCCGACCAGACAGCGUGGCCUUGGGAGCAUGCAGCCACGUGGCCCAGGAUUGUACAGACACCAGACAGCGCUGUGACUGGCGGAUCCGAGGCUGGUGGGAGUAGGCAGAUGAGCAUGGCCGCAUUCGUCACGCCGCGUGUUCAUGGCCAGCAGCUGCGCGAGGGAUUGGUGCUGCUAUUUGCGGCAGCUGACCUUCCGUUUCGACUUGUUGAGUGUCGCGAGGCAUACGGGGAGGCUGCUCGGGAGGACAUGCGGCAGCUACUGGUGGGUGAUGGCCUGGCGGGAAGGAUGUCCCUCACCUUUGACAUCUGGACCGGUGAGAACAACGUGGCCUUCAUGGGGGUGACUGCCCACUAUGUCACCAGCGAUUUCCAGCUAAAACAGGCUGUUAUAGACUUCAGGGAGCUUAAGGGCUCUCAUACGGGGGACUUGAUAGCCGAUGAGCUGGAGGAGGUGUUGAGGGAGUGGGGCUUGGAGAAGAUGCUGUUCGCCGUGACGUGUGACAACGCCGAGAACAACAGCAGGGCGAUGCGUCUGCUGGCCGGUGUACCUGACGCCAGGCCGGGCUCACGGCCCAGGCACCCACCACUGCUCAGUCGCUGGAGGCACUUCAGGUGCAUGGCGCACGUCGUCAACCUUGCAGUGCAAGCUGCACUGAAGGUUGACGAGGUGGCCGAGCCACUCAAGAGGCUGCGAGACGUGGCGAACUACAUCGGCUGGUCCACACUGCGCACAGAUCGUUUCUUCGAGCUCCAAAAGGGAUACGCGGCGACCCGGCCCCAGGGUCCUCCCGGUUCUCGGCGACCAUCGGGUCCGUUGCGUUUGAUCGUGGACUGCGUGACGAGAUGGGGUUCUACACUCCACAUGGUGAACAGGGGCUUCGAGCUGCGCAUGCCCAUUGCCAUGUUUUUCGACGAUUCAGAUUACAACGCGCUGAUUGAUCUGCAGGAGAAGACACAGCGCACUCCUGGCAUCUCCCCUCUGCGCUCAUCGCUGAUCACUGCUGCUCUGAGCAAGCUGGAGCGACACAUGGGGGGUGUGAGCGAGGAGGCAGCGAUAGCCACUUUCUUGGACCCGCGCCAGAAGCUCGCGCCCUUCAAGCACCGAGCCAGGGCAGCAGAGGGGAAUUCGAGAGGGACAACACUGGAGCUAGGACCUGAUAGGGUGAAGGCCCUGGUACGAGCGCGCCUUCCAGAGUACCAGGCAGCCAGCACCACGGCGCUGCGAGAUGGUGGGGAGGUGACUAGUGCGAGGGGUGCAGGGGUGCAUGCGUCGGCAGGGGUGUGCCCCCCUCCCUGCUGUUACUCCUGCGCACCUCUCCUUGCUGAUACUCCUCUCCUCCCUUCCUGGUCGUGGUUCCUCUCCUCCCUUCCCUGCUGUGGUUCCCCUGCUCCCCUCCCUACUGUGACUCCUCUCCUCCCUUCCCUGCUGUGGUUCCCCUGCUCCCCUCCCUGCUGUGGUUCCUCUCCUCCCUUCCCUGCUGUGGUUACCCUGCUCCCCUCCCUGCUGUGGUUCCUCUCCUCCCUUCCCUGCUGCAGCUCCUCUGCUCCCCUCCUUGCUGUGGUUCCUCUCCUCCCUUUCCAGCUGUGGUUCCCAUGCUCCCCUCCCUGCUAUGGUUCCUCUCCUCCCUUCCCUGCUGUGGUUCCCCUGCUCCUCUCCCUGCUGUGGUUCCUCUCCUCCCUUCCCUGCUGUGGUUCCCCUGCUCCUCUCCCUGCUGUGGUUCCUCUCCUCCCUUCCCUGCUGUGGUUCACCUGCUCCCUUCCCUGCUUUGGUUCCUCUCCUCCCUUCCCUGCUAUGGUUCCCCUGAUCCUCUCCUUGCUGUGGUUCCUCUCCUCCCCUCCCUGCUGUGGCUCCCCUGUCCCCCCAUUCCCUCUUACUCCAAGCUCGGAGCACCGCAAUUCCACCAUUCAUCUCCUCUAG